CCCCUCGUCUCAUCUCCUCCCGUUUCCAUCCGCCGCCGUUGGCCGGAACCUCUCCCCCGCCGCCGUCCUUCCACCCAUCCUCCCCCAGGCGAUCUUCGCGUCUCCGACCCAAUCCCUCCCUCCCUCCCGCCCGCCAGUUUCCGUCCUCGUGCCUCGAGCGGCUGGACUGUUUGCGCGCAUCGGCGAGGCCGCCUCGCCGGCGACGCACGGUGGAGGAGCAGGAGGCAAUAUUUGGCAGGGCUGUGGAUUUCAUCAGGCAGCCCGUGCGCAUUAGUUCCCUGUGUGCUAGCUAGAUGGCAUCUUCCACUCUGAAACCAGGUGUGCCUGUCAGUCUGCAAGAGCUAGAGCCCUCCUCGGAGAUGUACAAGCAAGGGGCGUCCCUCCGGGUAACAGGAAUCCUUAAGUCAUACGAUAUGGACUCUGCGGUUGCUGUCAUUCGAGAUGGCAGUGCGACGCUGAAGAUCGACACCCAGCACCUGCGGGACAUCAGUUUCCGCAGCGGUUCUACGUUCCAGUUCAUCGGCGAGCUCCUGAUCCGGCCAAACGACGACGCGAUUCUGCAAGCACGUGUGGGCAGGAACGUUGAUGGUCUUGACCUGAACCUUUACCAGCAGUCUCUGAUCGUCCGACGGCGGCAUGAGGCCAGACUGCUGAGCUCCAGGAGCGCGUGAUCCAAAGCUGUGAACCAGGCUCGUGACCUCAGUUCAGUUCUACUGAAGUAUGGAGGACAUGAGAACAGAAUCACCUGACCCGUGAUGAUCCUGUGCUUCGGUUUGUUAGAUGGGUGCAAACCUACAGAGUAGUACUAGCACCUGAAUUUCCUGAAUACAGAUUAUUCCUCUAGGACCGCGUCAUUCUCAAGGCCUUUUAAGCUAUCACAAGUCCACAAACUCAUAUUGUUUGA